GAGAUGGCUGAGGUGCUGUUGCAUGUUCUGGGUUCCUGCAGUGAUGCAGGGAGCAGGGCAGACGUGGAUAGAGCUGGGGGAGCCGGGGCUUGCUUGCUGCUGGGCGAGGAGUCCCGGGGCCGGAGCUCCCUGCUGUUCCUGGCGGCGGCCGAAGCGGCGGGGCGAGGGGGCGGCCGGGUGCUGUUCCUGGCCCCGCGCCCGGUGCAGGCGCUGCCCGCCCCGCUGCUGCCGCUGGAGCCGGCCGGGCUGCGGCGGAUCGAGUUCGCCUACCCGCGGACGGCGGGCGGGCUGCUGCGGGCGCUGGCCGCCCUGCACCGGGACCCCCGCGGCGGGCUGCCCUCGCUGCUGCUGCUGGACGGGCUGGACCGCUACCUGCAGGGGGUAGGCGGGCAGGAGGCGGCCAGAAUCGCCGCCCUGCUCCGGGACACCGCCGGCUGGCUCAGUCAGCAACAGCAGCCCGGCGCUGGGUGCCACAUCAUCGCAGCGCUCAAGGCUCCAAUUCCAGAGGAAACUGGGUCAGAUUCGUUCCUGCCUAUUAUCGAGCGUUACUUCCCAGUGAAGUGCCUGGUGAGAGAGGAGCCGUGUGAACCGGAGGGAGUCCAGCGUUAUCUCAUAUCCUUCUCCGGACUGGCAACGCAUGACGCCGAAGGGCCUCCGGAAUCACAAAACGUGGAGGACUGCACCUGGGAGCUGCUCUACGAGGCAGAUAAAGUGACAGGAAUCCGUCUUGUGCCAAGACAAGCAAAGCAAUUUGGGGAUUAGAGGGAAGGCUUACUGACUAAUUUCACAUCAUCUUCUAUAAAUUCAUGAGCCUAAUUCAAAAACCCUCCUCCGGUUGCAAAUCCAGCCACCACACAGCGCAACUGAUGUCUUUAACUCUCCCUCACACAUUAUUUAAAACACUGGCCCGUGGGUUUACAUGUUAAGUCCAAGGCUCCCCCUGCUCCCUCUGGUAGACUGACAGGGGUCAGUUAAGGGGAGAAAAUCCUCAGGAUCCUGAGGGAACUCCCUUCUGCUUCUCUUCAAAUUGUACCCGAGGAUCUUCCAAACAAUUCAAAAUCCAAUACAGCCCAGGAGCAGGCCCUUCGGCCCUACCAAGCCUGCGCUGAUUCCUCAUCCUUAUUCCAAUCUGCUACUUAUUGCCCAUGUGCAAUAUUUGUAUCCUUCUGGUUGGCUCCUGUCCAUGUGUCCAUCAAGAUACCCCUUCAAUGUUGCUCAUGUGCCUCCUUACCACUUCCACUGGCAGUGCCAUCCUGGCACCCACCACCCUCUUGCUAAAAGAUUUUUCCCCGCACUUCUACCCUAAACCUUGACCCUUUCACCUUGAACCUGUGCCCUCUUGCAGUUGAACUUCCCACUGUGGGGUGGAAAACCACUGACUAUCCACCCUCUCUGUGCCCUUGCUUUGAAGGUGCAAAUGUCACCACUGACAUCCUACUUUCAAAACCCUGUUGGACAAUCCACGACUCCAUUGACAUCCGUUUUGUCAAUACAGGGUGCUACCCUUUGGGAUCAUUAACUAUGUUUAUUCGGUUACCCUUCCUCACCAGGGAGGUUAGUGUUUUUUUUCAGGAACCAAGUUGCCUGUGAAGGGAAAUGAAAGAAGCCCUUUUUUUUUGUUUUUACGGUUUAUCUCCGUGAUGAGAGGGACCCUAACUCCAUGAGAGAAAGUUUUUAAUGUGUUGCUUAAUUAAGCCCACAUUAGGCGCUCGAAGGUAAGACCUGAGAAGCCUGAGAUAUAGAAGGGAGCAGGUGUGGUUAUGCUAAGCCCUUCCGGACAACAUUACAAAGUAGCAGAAUGCAGUUGGAUGUCUUAAUUAGAGAACUGAGAGGACCUUCGCUGAGUUAGGGUGGACUUCCUCUGACUUCCAUUUUGUGCGAUGGGUUCUAACUGAGAAGGGGCACUGUGCUGAUUGUUAGCUAUGGCUAACCUCCGCUAGUGAGGGCCUCACCUGGGAUAGCGAGCCCGAGCACGGGCUGUACCAUUGGGAUCAGACCAGAUGGCUUUGACUGAGGAUUGGAGAACAAGGCACGAAUUCCUGGACUCUCAAAGUUGAAACUUGGACAUUCCUUUUUUUUAAGAGAUAUAUGUGUAUGUUCCCACCAAACCUUGCAUCAGUCUGAAUAAAAAUAACCUAGUUUGACUGUGUCAAGAAGUCAAAGGGUAAAGCAAUUAACUGUCAUGGACACCACAGCAGUGAUAUCAAUAAGUAAUUCAUUGGCCUCGCAAAGUCCAAGAAGGUGAAUGUUGCCAUUUAUUAAUACAUUCUCCUUUCUAUAACUAGUGUGUGAUCUUGGAUCCUCUCCUAUUCUGAUCCAUAGUUUUUUGUAUGUAAACAAGGCCACGGGAGUACUUUAUCCCCUGGCUAUUUGUGCUGAACCACAAGGACAGGCUGGUUACCUGCCUCAUGGUCAUUGUCUGAUCACCGCCAUCUGUCGGGCCUUAAUUUAGUUCCUCCGCCAACAGACAUUGGAGAGGAGGGGCUGAACGGAGGGUUGUUGGGUAAAGAAACAACAGUUCAUGCAAAGGGCAAUCCCUUACUCUGCCCUUACCCAGCAGAACGUUCCCGCUGUGUCUUCCCUGCUUGCUGCAGGAAGGUGGAGAGAAUAUCCCAGUGAUGGAGGCCUGUCAGACAGAGCAGUCACCCUGGAGAUCACCGAGUCCCCAGCAUCACGCCCCGUUCACCAGCUUUGGUGGGGCUCAUCCAUGCCAUUUGCCAGAGCAUCUCAGUCUCUGCCAUUUUACUGUCAGGGCAGGUUGGGGCCUAGUAGACUGAUCACUGAGUGGGCAUUCCACCACUCGAGCUGUCAUCACUGUGAACUGUUCCCUUGGUGACAUUUAAUGAUACCCUCUGUGUUCCCCCUCACUCAGUAUCUGAAGAGGAAGGGUGGACUGAAGGAGUCACAUAGUGAAUAUAGUUUAUUCCCAGGCUCUGGAAGGGUAGGGUUUGCUUCUCAACUUCCAGUUGUUAAACCCCGAUCCCUGACUGCGAGUGCUUGAGCUCCCGUGUACGGGUGCGACGGCCCUUCUGGUCGAAUAGCCGACUGGCCCUCACUAUCCAGGGUCACAGGCGGAAUGUGACAAUUCGCUGGCCAUGUGGAAAUGCAACGUGUCAACACAUUCAUAAAGAAGUGUCAUUCGUCUUCUCUAACCUGACGGUUGAGUGGAAACAAAGUGAGUCACACAUCGCAAAGCCCCGAGAAAUUCUGUCACAGAAUUGUUUUUUGGUGUUGCCAUUG